AUGGAUAGAAGCACUGAGUUGGACCAAAUCCUCUCCGCCGCCCUCUCUAUAGAAAAAGUGCCUCCCCCAGAUUCAAAGGUUCUACAAGAGACACUCAUAGAACUUUACACCAUCCUGGGAAUUCCACAGGAGGAAUUCAGUGAAGUUCUAAAUUCUGAAUUUCACAAAGUCCGGUCUCCCAACGCACCGGUCGGAAGCUACAGCUAUGAAAACCUCAAAGGCGUGAAAAGGUCUCUUAAUGAAGUGGCCAUGAUGGCAUGUAAGCGACCCAGAACGUCUACAGAAGGUCUAAAGUCAAACACGGCAGCCAACUCAUCCAUAAAGGCAACAGAGAACGUUAGACAGGUCCACGGCCUCCACACUCAAACUCGAGUCAACUCGCGUGCCGACUCUGUGCCGAAAAGCCACGUGACGCAAAGACUCAACGCUCCACAGAUCCCACUGCAGUUUUGGCUACAGAAUGGAGGUUAUGCAUCACAGUUCCAGGGCGUUCAAGCGAUACAGGUGCCGGCCGCUGGAGGAACCUCGAAAAUGGUCUACGUUAUUCCCAAAUAUCCAAAUCUGCCUGUAGGGACCCAGAUCCCUCUUAACAGCCUCCUUCAGCCCAAAUAA